UGAGCUAAGCGCGAAUGAAUGGGCAUGAGUUUGGAUAGUAUUUGUAUCCAGGUGUAUUUGCUUCGUUAACGAGCUUUAUUGAGAGUUCGCAGUCCUAGGUAUGUGGCGAAAAGAAGAAGCAUAGCGCAGAAAAAACGACAUACUCUCGCUGGCUGUCGCUGAAUCUGCUAUGGGAAUUUACACUGUUCUUGCGUUGGCCCUGUAUGUCCUGUUUGAUGUAAACUAUUUCAUACAAUACAUUGUUCUGAUGGUGCGUGGCUUUCUGCGAUGGCGACAUAUGAAGAGGCCCCUCUUGGAGCCCGACGUGACCACUGGAAGGUGCUCACUCAGUGAUCUUGACCACAUGAUGCACAUGAACAAUGUUAAGUAUCUCCGUGCCUUUGAGUUUGGCCGAGCUGCGUUUGGUCUAAAGAACAGACUGUGGCAUAAGGCGAAGGACUUGAAAGCUCAUCUGCUCAUCAGUGCUCAAGUGGUGCGUUAUCGAAGGCCAGUCACACUUUUCCAGGCUUUCGAAAUUUAUUCUAAGAUUGUGUACUGGGAAGACAGAGAUAUCUUUAUUGAACAGCAGUUGAUCACAGUCAACGACAGUUUUGUUCGAGCAGUAUGCUUGGUAAAAAUGACACUUGUGGAUGGAGCCCUGAAUGAUUUGCUGACAUCACUAGAUGUUGAUCCAAGCUCCAAGCCAACACCAGUCCCUCGUGAUAUUCAGCUCUUUAUAGAAUAUAAUCGUGCGAGCAGUGCAAAACUAAAUGCAGAAAGAGAUAAGGUUCUGAACAUUAAGCGUUCAGAGUAAAAUUAUCAGAAAA